AUGAAACAUUCUUCAAAUCUUAAUAAAAUUAUUGCCUGCAUUGGAAAAAACGCUAAAAUAAAAAAUAUUUCUGAAAAACAAACAAAAAAAUUAAUUGACCGUGUUACUCUUUAUGAGUAUAUGUCGCCUUAUUUUCUAAAAAAUGUUGAUAAAUUUAAAGCACUAGAACUUAUUAUAAAUCAUGAUAAUAUAGAAGAACUUGCAUAUAGUCUAGAAAGACUUUCUUUAGAUGAUGAGAAAAAAGAAGAAAUGGAAUAUCCUAAAAAUGAUCUUUUUCAUUAUAAAGAUAGAACCAAACUUUUCUAUGGGGCCAGAUUGUCCUCUAGCAUGAUAUUAAAUGAAAAUCCUAAGGUUUUAUUUGAUUUUUCUUAUACAUUUAAGCAAAGUUUAGUUCGUCAUAGUAUUGAGACUUUAUGUCAUCUAGGAGACUUAUUAAUAGAAAACAUAGAAUCGUCAAAUCCAUGGGAAUUAAGUGUGGUUGGUUACGAUAAAAAUUUAGAUAUUUUGAAUUCUUUACAAAAACAAAUUGAUAAAUUUCUAAGAAAACAUCCAGAACAAAUUGCGUUACCAAAUAUUGUUAAUAGUCAACCUCAUGAAUAUAUACCUAGAAAUAAGGAAGCAGUUUAUAUCUCAUCAAAGGCUAAAAAUCACAUAGAUGGACCAUUAGAUGCUGAUUAUUACGUUAUAAAUUUUAAUCUUGAUAAUAAGAAUGAGUCACUUUCUAUGGCUUGUAAAGCAGAUGCCCAACCUUAUUGUUUACCAAUACAUAAAUAUUUACAAUAUUAUAAAAAAGGUGCAACUUUAAAAUUUAAUCAUAUAUUUAGAAUUUUAAAAGAAGUUCAAGAAAAUAGAGGUGAUUGGAAAAGUGCCUUUGAAAAACAUAUCCCCCGAGAGGAUAUAGAUCCUAAUAUUUUCAAAUCUUCUGAAUAUAAAAAGUUAAAGAGAGAUAAUUACCAUAAAAAAGAAAAACAUAAAGAUUUAGUACAAAUAUUGAGCACAUUAUAA